AUGGGAAACCCACUAGGAAUGAAUCGCUCCUUUAUUAAGGUUUUGGCAGCUUUAUUUACAUAUUUCAUGGAGACAAACAACUUCAGAGUUGUGGAUGCCAAGGAGCACGAUUCCAGAUCAUCCUCCAACAUGUCUCCAUCAGACUUUCUAGACUCACUCAUGGGUCGCACGUCCGGGUAUGAUGCAAGGAUAAGACCGAAUUUUAAAGGUCCACCAGUUAAUGUUACCUGCAACAUAUUUAUCAACAGCUUUGGUUCUAUAGCAGAAACUACAAUGGAUUACAGAGUGAACAUCUUCCUGCGGCAGAAGUGGAAUGACCCUCGGCUGGCGUAUAGCAAAUACCCAGAUUCCUCCCUCGACCUGGACCCAUCCAUGUUGGACUCCAUAUGGAAGCCCGACCUCUUCUUUGCCAAUGAGAAAGGGGCCAACUUCCAUGAUGUCACCACAGACAACAAGCUGCUGCGGAUCUUCAAGGAUGGGACUGUCCUCUACAGUAUCAGGUUGACUCUCAUUCUGUCCUGCCCGAUGGAUCUGAAAAACUUUCCAAUGGAUGUCCAAACUUGUACCAUGCAACUGGAAAGUUUCGGCUACACCAUGAAUGACUUGAUCUUUGAGUGGCUGGAGAACGGGGCAGUGCAGGUGUCAGACGGGCUCACGCUGCCUCAAUUCAUUAUGAGGGAAGAGAAGGAGCUGGGCUACUGCACAAAACACUACAACACUGGUAAAUUCACCUGUAUAGAAGUAAAGUUUCAUCUGGAGAGACAGAUGGGGUACUACCUGAUCCAGAUGUACAUUCCUUCCCUUCUCAUUGUCAUCCUCUCAUGGGUGUCAUUUUGGAUCAAUAUGGACGCUGCUCCAGCCAGAGUGGCUCUGGGCAUCACUACUGUGCUGACCAUGACCACCCAAAGCUCCGGCUCAAGAGCUUCUCUUCCAAAGGUCUCUUACGUGAAAGCCAUCGAUAUCUGGAUGGCUGUGUGUCUGCUCUUUGUAUUUUCUGCAUUGCUAGAAUAUGCUGGGGUUAAUUUUGUCUCCAGGCAACAGAAAGAGUUCCUUCGCCUGAGGCGAAGACAAAGGAGGAAUCACAAGGACGAUGAUAUGCGUGAAGGCCGCUUUAAUUUUGCUGGCUACAAUAUGAGCCAGUGUCUGCCAACGAAGGAUGGCUCAGCUGUUAAGAACGCUGCUCCAGCUGCCAAUCCUCCACCAUCAGUCCCCAAGGACAUCGACAUGAUGAAGAAGAAGUUUGUGGACAGAGCGAAGAGGAUAGACACCAUCUCCAGGGCAGCCUUUCCUCUGGCAUUCCUCAUCUUCAAUGUCUUCUAUUGGGUCACCUACAAGAUCAUCAGGUAUGAGGACAUCCACCAAAAGACUUAA